GGCCCGGCGCGGGGGGGUUUGGACAAGAUGGCUGGCUCUACAGGAAGAAUAGCUUUUUCCUAAAUGAGUGUGCCAGUGCAGCUAAUUGAGGAGUCCAAUCAGUGCAAGAGUGGGAGGGGGGACCUCUGCUGGCAGUGAGCAGCUGAGCUCAGCUGCAUGGGAAGGCAACAGCAGUUAAAGUACCUCGUAAUUUUCGCUUGUUGGAAGAACUUGAAGAAGGGCAGAAGGGAGUAGGUGAUGGUACAGUAAGCUGGGGCCUUGAGGAUGAUGAAGAUAUGACACUCACCAGGUGGACAGGCAUGAUUAUUGGGCCACCAAGGACAAACUAUGAAAACAGAAUAUACAGUCUGAAAGUAGAGUGUGGACCUAAAUAUCCAGAAGCACCUCCUACAGUUAGAUUUGUAACUAAAAUUAAUAUGAAUGGAAUAAAUAAUUCCAAUGGAAUGGUGGAUGCACGGAGCAUACCAGUGUUAGCAAAAUGGCAAAAUUCUUAUAGCAUUAAAGUUGUACUCCAAGAGCUAAGACGUCUAAUGAUGUCCAAAGAAAAUAUGAAGCUUCCACAACCUCCAGAAGGACAAACUUACAACAAUUAAUUUUAGCUGAUUCUCAAACUUCUGUCUUAAAACAACAACCUUCUACUCAUGUUAAUGUCUUGAUUAAAUCUCACAAUGCAAACACCCACACAUUAAAAGAAUUUCAGCUGGUAUACAUGACCUGGACAUUUGUAAGAAUAUAUAUAAUAUAUGUAUGCCCAAUAUGUUUUCAGGCACUAUGGGAGAAAAAGGCAGCACAAUUAUUUUUUUUCUCUUACCAAGGCACUGUCAUUUAAGCAUAAGCCUGAAAUAGCCUAAAAUUGGAAUUCAGGUUUUACAAGAUGAAAGCAUGACAGGAAGUGUCAGAUUGCUGUGGAAUAAUAUAUGUUUCUGAAAAUAAUCUCUUGAGAAGGCAAAAUAUAAAUGGCAUGCUUUAUCCAUCUUGCUUAGUAAAAGAGCUGCAGUUAAAAUUUGUUUUAAAGUAGCAGGUACAGUGAAUACCGUUGCUCAUCUUGUUUAAUUUUGCAAGGGUGUGGGUACCGACUACUAGUAGUGUCACAAAGUAUGUUCAGGAUUGUUUUGAUACCUGUAUUUAUAAAAUGGGGGGAUUAAUUUCUGUUAAGCAGCUCCUGUGUGUUACAUGUAUCGGACAUGGCAAAUAUUUGUUUACAGUCUUUGUUCUAAUAAACCAUGCAUUUAAGUUUUAGUGAAACAAAGGAAAUGUAUGGAUAUGUGAUUGAGAUUAAAGUUAGUCUUAAAAUGUAAAUAAAAUGUGGAAAGUGUCUGAGGCUGUGCCAUUUCUAUAACAGUGAUGUAUUAUAUGUACAGUAACUUGCAAAAGUAGUGGAAAGCCAAACAUAAUAUUGCUGCUGGUUUUACGUGCACCUUUUUUUUCUUACCAGUUUUGUAUGCUUAGUUUACUUUAGAGGUCAAGGUGUUUCUUUUGCUGCAGAGUAACUUCUGUCAUCUCUACUACCACUUCUUUAUACAAACUUGCACUGUGCACGUAAAGAAAAACAAAAGAACCAAACAGCCUCCCCUCCUCAAACCAAAAGCAAAUAUCUCACCUACCAGACUCCCCUACGCCUCUCCUCCAGAAUCUUUUGAGAGAUGAGCACAACUUUCAAGUGACUUACUUGGCCUCUGAGCAGUUUUCAGUCCGCAUUUCUGAAGUCUCUCAGGUCUCUGUCGUGCUUUGGCAGUCGUUACCUCGAUCCGUGCAUUCUUGCAUCUUUCCUUUUUUUUCUUGCCUGUUCCACCUUUGCCACUUCUCAAACACACAUACACAAAAAGAAUCUUCUGGAAGCUUUAAUAAAAAAAAAAGCCACACGUAUACUACAGAUCAUCGUAUCUCCAUCUGCGUUUCAUGUGUCGUGUGCCUCACCGUCCUAGUUAGAAUGCCUGUUGCCUCUUAAAAAUGUUGGUCUGUGUUUUCAAUAUGUUUUUUUUUCUGGUGAGAUCAUUGGUUUGGGUUCUGUUACUGAUUUCUCUUAAGAAAUUAAGCUAACAGUGUCCUGUUGGAAAUGAGAGCCCUCUUGGAAAAUGUAAGUGUUGGUUUAUUUUGGUGAGAACAUCUAACAGUGGGAGUAAGUUGACUAUUUGCAUUCAAGGUUUUAUUCUUUCCAAAAAGUGAAUUUAAUCAAAAGCCAUCAACAGCCAGGUAGCUUUGUUUGAUAUGCCUUUGCCAGUCUCUCAUGUAAAGAACCUCUAAAAGCAAUAAACUAGAUGUUCUUUGCUUUCAGUGGAGAAAUUUAAUCUUUUUAAAUACUUUUUUCUUUUUCUUGACAAAUUUGGCACUUCUAGAAUUAGCGGAACUAUAGCUGCCAGCUACCUCUUGUCUGUAUUUCUAUGACGUAUCGUUUGUGACAGUUUGGUGGUUUGGUUGAAGUGCACUGCGAUGUUUUCGUACUUGAUUUUCAUUUGAAUGAUUUUGAUGCCAUUAAAUCUUUUGUUACACUGACGUUGGUAUCUAUAAUCAGUUACGAUAAUGGAUUCCUGUAGUUCCGAGAUGUGAAUUUUGGGGAAAAUUGCAGCAUAAACUCGAGAGAAUGAGAAACGCUCAGACUAUUGCGUGGCUUAAGAGACUGUCUUACUGACAGCAUGAAAAAGGUCUGGUUGAUCACUUGGUCGUAUGCGAUACAAGAUCAUCCUGCAUCAUCAAGUUUUCACCCUUGUCUGUACUUGAUCUGUUUGUAUCUGUACUAAUCUACAUAUCCAACUGUAAGCAGGCACACUUUGCAUAGGAAAAAACAAUGGUGGAGGGAGCUGACCUGAACUCUGACACCAGGGCAUGAGAUGACUGAAACAAACUCCUGCAGUGGCCUUAAGUGUCUUGGAUUUCCCUUCUGCUCACACUGGUACAAGACUGUAUGCAGCUCCUUAUGGGAUGUUACAGUGUUUUUGCCUACCGCAAGAAGUUGAAAGCCUUCCCUAAGCUGUACUAUUACAUGAGGAAGAUUUUAGUGCACAGCUGCUUGCUCUCAUCCGGAAGGGUUGCAUUAUUUUGCAAAUAUCUGUGUCUGGUGAGCGUUUGCCCAGCAAUUUGUUUUAUCAUGUUGUGUUUCUAUUUGGUAACUUAAUUUCCGUGCCAGCACUUGAAAUUUCCUCUCCUUAAUUUGUGUGGUGUUGGUUGGGCAGGAUCUGCAUGUGCUGUUAGCAAAUGUCUGACUUUUCUUCCUCCUCAAAACUGCAUUUUCAUGUCUUGCGAAGCAGAGCACCAUUUUCAGCCAGUUGCGUGAGGAACAGAGCUCAGAAUCUAAAUAUUGCAACUGUUCUUCAAGGGGCAUGUGAAAAUCCUUAAUUUGCUAGUGGUCUGGAACACUGCUGAAGUUCUUGUGGGCUGCUUUUUCAAGGGAGGGAAGAGUUGGUUGUGAAAUAGAGGAGUAAAACUAAAGGUGGUUUUCAUGCUUUUCAAACCUUAAGAUAUAACAAGCAAUCCUAUGGAAACAUCCACAUUAGUGAUAAUGUGCCUUACCCAUCUAGUGAAGGAUGUGAAGGUGGCAAAGUGUGCUCCUCGAUGGCACAGAUCUUCCCAAAAGCAUCUUGAGAAUACUUGAUAGCUGGCAAGGCAAAGCUACUGUGGAAUAAAUGCGUCAUUCACGCUCCUCCAAAAUGUUAUUGUACAGUGGAUACCUAAAGGAAAAUGUCAGCACGUCCUCUCAUUUGAUCAACCAUAAUAAUAAACAGUCAUUUAGGCAAGUGUUUGUUUUACACGGUUAUUUUUAAAUAUAUGGUGAGUUGGUGGGAAUGUAUUUCCUACACAGUAGAUUUUGGGGCUGUCAUUCAGGGCUUAACACCUAUUACAGUUCGUUUCCCCUGUGUUUUGGUGCAGGAUGGUGGAGCAGCCUGCCUGGCGGUGGUGCUGUGGCACAGGCAGGGUGUCUGUCUACUGCCUGCUUUUAUAAUGGCUUCUGCUUUUUGGAAAUGCAGCCGUUGUGCCCCUGGAGUGGCUGUUCUCAGCUGCUGGGAAAGGAGGUGUUGAGCUUAUUCUGCAUGUGUUACCGUAACAAAUCUUUUUUCUUCAGAAGACCUGUUUUGGUGCUGGAGUUAUUCCCUGAAACUGCGUAUUAUGCUUUUUCAGUUGCCUUAAAAAUAACUUUAAAAGUACAGAAGAACAGGUUUCACUAUCUGACAUCAGCUUCCAUAGGACUGAGUGCUCCAUUCAGUGUUUAAAACAGCAGUGUUCUAUGUUACCUCGGUGUUAACGCUGUCUGCAAUGCUUUGGUGGGUUUUUUUUUCCGCUAAAUUGAUCUGUACCUUCUGCUCAGUUGAACAGUUGUAAGGAUGUACAGUAAAUUCCAUUCCAUGUGUGUUGUAUACCAAGUAGCACUCCCACAUUCAAGUAGCUUGAUGUUCUGCGUUUGCCAUUUUGAAAUAGUGAUAAAUAUUAAAAGCUUUCUAUUAUUUAUACUGGUGCCAAACGACACGAAUGGGUAACGUCAUGGGUGAUGUUGAGAUAAGGCAGAAGUAACCAGAUGGCUCUGUUCCUUUUAGGUUUUGGUGUGCAAAACUUGUCGCCUCUCUUACAGAGAACUGUAAACCAAGAGCAUGGAAGUUGUGAUACUGAGAUCCCGGGUUAAUCAGACUGAUUGGCGAUCAGUGGGCCUAAGGUGAAACGUAUACGUGUAGUUAAUUAAGUCAGUGCUAUUAAAGAGAAAAGUCUGCGUUAAAUCCUUGUUGCAUCUGCCAAAAUAUCGGACGCGUUGCUGGUAACCCUGACCCCCACCUAUUCUGGCCUGCUGUUCCUUCACGUUUGUUGUUUGCUGGAUGGAAGCCUCAAGAAAAUGCGUGAUUCCGGAUCGUCUGGGUGCUGUGAGGCACUUGGAGCUAUGGGACCUUCCACUGCUGAUGAAUCUUGAAAAUAACGCCUUGCCACAGCAUUGCCGUUUCAGGAUUCAUGGAGAUGAUCACAGUCAUCUUAUUUUGUGUCUUCUCAGACUUCUGUCUCAUGUAAUUUCUUUUCUGUAUGAAGAUUCACAGAUAACGCUUAUGACCUCUUAUGGCAGAAUUUACCUGUAACGAUGGGUUUGUUACAGUCUUAUCUGACAGUAUUUCAAACAGCUGUGUCCUUACGGUCAGCAUCAAAUGUACGAGUCAUUGCAUUUAAGGCAAAGUCCUGCUAAGUGAGUGCCAUAUUUUCACUCCUUAAGUGCUGUAACUUGAAGUAUUGAAAUAAUGUGAAAUGAAAACAUAUAGUCAUCAUGUUUCUGGUUAGCGAUGGUUUUAAUAUUGCCAUUCAAUGGCUACGAUAAGUAUUUGCUUCCUUGGGUUGUCAUUCAAGUUACCUAUUAAACGUUGAGUAUUCAAAGCCUUUGUCACCUCGGUUAGUAGUGUGAUGGUUAUGAUUUCUAGAGUGGGAUGCUUGGUGUAGUGCUUUGGAAGCUCCUCUUUUCUGUUUUCAAUCUGCUAAAAUAAUAAAAUCUAAACUGCUCGUGUUCCUUGAAGUAGCAGCUAUUUCUUCCCGGCAUUUCAAAUACACAUUUUAUCUGUUAGGAAUUCUUGUGCUGUUCAGCAUAACAAUGUUAAUUAUUAAUCUCUAAUGUUUUCCUGUAUUUAUGACUUGAUGAUUCUGUAAUAUCUGUAUAAUAAUCAGUAUUAAAUCAGAUGCUGACAAACACAUGAA